AUGAAGAUGCCUGUUAAUAAAAAGAGCAGCAAUGCGAAUGGCAGGGGCAGCAAGCACGGAAAUGGUCAUAAGGGCGUCGUUGUAAAGGUGAAGAAGCAGGCGGUGGAGGAGGAUUUCGAGAAAUUCCUGUCUGACCUCUCGAAGACAACGCAACACAUUGGCAAGGAGCGAAAGGAUAGGUUGCUGAAGGAGGAGAUGUUGCGCGAGGACCAGCGCAAGAAGCACGCUGACUUGGCGAAGCAGCGCUCCACAAAUGAGUUGGAGAACGCGCUCAUCAACCGCCAGAAGCGUAUGCAGCUGCAGCAGCUGCUUGCGGAGCUCAUUAGCGCGCAGCGUCCCUUCGGCAGUAAGCCUGUAACGGACUUCCAUGGCGAGACGCACACCGAUAAUCCCAACUUUGAUGUCGCGGUGGGUGACAUGCAGGGCUGGCGCGCACAGAUGGAGGAUGCACACCUGGUGAAUGUAAACUUCCUGUCUUCCAGUGCGGAUAGAAAGGAAGGCUUGUUCGGCGUCUUCGACGGCCACUCUGGUGUGCAGAGCGCCACCCUGUGCAGCCGGAUCUUCUCCAAGACAGCGGAGAGGUAUGCAACACUGGUGGGCGAUCAACACCAUACCAUUGACUUCCAGAAUACCUUCCUUGAGGUCGAUGAACACCUCCAAGCCGCGCUCGGCGAUGGCGGAUCUGGUUGCACGGCGGUCAUUGUGUACGUGUCUCCUGAGGCGAUUACAUGCGCGUGGGUGGGCGACUCGCGUGCGUUACUGUGCCGCAGCGGCAACGCCUUCGACCUGUCGCAUGACCACAAGCCGGACGUGGCGGCCGAAAAGGAGCGCAUCGAGGCGGCCGGCGGCUUUGUGCAGGAUAACCGCGUGAACGGGCAGCUGGCCAUGAGUCGCGCCAUGGGCGACUUUGUGUACAAGAAGGACAAACAGCGCGAUGUGGCGCACCAGCUGGUGGUGGCGGUGCCCGACGUGAUCACGACGAAGCGGAGCGACACGGACUCGUACGUGGUCAUUGCGUGCGACGGCGUAUUCGAUGUGAUGAGCAACGAGGAGCUGAUUGACUUUAUCAACAACAAAAAAGCGAGCGGCAUGUCUAACGUCGACACCUGCAGGAGUGUGUGCAACCGAUGCCUCGCACCGAGCUCGCCGGAGGGAGGCCCAGCCGUGGCGGAGGGCACAGACAACAUGACCAUCAUGAUUGUGGAUCUCAAGUGA